AUGGCGAUUGAUUCCUUUGCUUUCUUGGCCUGGGUGGCUGUUAUUGCCAUGGAACUUUGGGUUGGCUAUAGACCUGCAGGUUCCACCACGAACACAAUCGCUUGGGGUUUGCUGACGGCUGCGGUUGUCCUGCUGAUGUUGGCUGGACAUUCCGCCUAUUUCUGGUUUGGAGUUACCACUGCUAUUUUUGGGUCCGGAUUCCUACUGUUGUCAGGACGUUUUCCACCUGGAAUGGAACUCAUUCUCAGAGAAGACCAAGCCAAAUCGAUGCGCACCCAUCACAUGGGAAGACACUUGUACCGCAUUUGGUCAGUCAGUGCUCAUGCAUUUUCCGUUUAUUCAAUCCCGGUGGCGUUUUUAUGGUCUGUAUCCAAUGCCAAAGAAGACAAAUCCUUCUUUGAUUGGGAACUUGGUCACUACUUGGUGGGGGGGAUUCUGGUCUAUGGGCCUCUUGUGGGUCUUCCCCUGUUUGUGCUUCCAAAGGGGUGGGAAAAUCCAACCCUGUACCACCAAAAGUACGAAGGAACAAUCCUCCUCAUCUUUGGUGUGUUGGUCUACAUCCCAUUGCAUCUGAUCCAUGUGUUGCUACAAUCAAAAGGACUAACUGCUGAAGACUAUGACCAUGAAGGCAUUCUGCUCAUAUGGGCCUUCUCUGGGUUCACUGCCAUUUUACUGGCCAACCAAGGAAUCAAGACACACAUUCAUGGAGCGUUCCCUCCUUUCUGCUUUUACAUCAUGUUUCAAGGUCAUGCUGGCAUGGGCAUGGAUACAGAUGCAGGUCAAGUUUACAUGGCACUCCAUGCUCUCUACCGGAAUGCACAUAUAGUUGGUGCAUUGUGUCGACUGAUGGGGCGUCCUGUGGAGGCCACAUUGAUCUUCUUCUUGAUUGCAUGGGAUGGUCCCAAUUCUCCUCAUUGGAUUUCCUCGUGGUAUGCCAAACAUUAUGCCAAUCCAAGUUAUGCGGACGACCCGGACUACCAUGUGGCCAAAGUGGUUACCGCCAUCAUUCUUGCCGUUACCAUCAUGCUGUACUCGGUCCAUGUGGCUUGUGCAGGUGCUAUGCGCAGGGUUUUGGAAGAAGAUGAGGAGGUGAAGUUCCAGCGUCUGGUUCAAAAGGAUGUGGACGACACUGAUCACGACUCGGAAACUGCCACAUCCGACGAGGAGGAAGGCAGAAUGCUUUUCUAA